AUGCAGCUCCGGGCGGCAGGCAACGCAAACAGUCCGGUGAAGGCGCGGCAUGAGCCAAGAUAUCACGACAAGAGCAUCGAGGAGUUGCUUCGCACCCUUCCGAGAAGUCCCAAGGACUUUAUGCGCUUCAUUGUAAAUUUGGGCAAGCGGCGGCUGUGGCAGCAUGUUGCGACCGUUUUGUCAGAGAUGCGGCGGGCAAGCAGCUUGCGGCUUGACGUCAUUGCUCUUGGUGCUGCGGUCAAGGCCUGUGCAGGGGCGAUUGCUUGGCCAGCAUCUCUUCAACUCGUAUGCAGCACGGAGCAGGCAGGCGUUGGAGCGGACACAUUUACGUUGAAUUUGGUGCUCAGUAGCACAGACCUGCCCAAAAAGUGGAGGCUUGCGCUGGGCAUCCUGGAGCGUCAGAGGCGCUUCCUACAACCCGACAUCAUCUCGUACGGCUCCGGCUCCGCCUCCUGUUCUCGAGCAAGCCAUUGGAGCGAGGUCUGUAGACUUUAUGGUCAGCUCAGCAUCUCCGGGCUGGAGAAGGACACCACGAUGCUCAGUACGGCCCUGACAACAUUCGAGAAGGCGUCACAGUGGGAACGAAGUUUGUGCACGUUCUGGCGCGUUCGACGAGAGCAUCAGCUUCGUCUCGACAGGCAUACUUUCAAUGCAGCUGCCAGCUCUUGCGCGGCCGGCUUGCAGCCCGAGUUGGCAAUGCGUACCAUGCAGGACAUGAAGCGGCUGACCAUUCAGCCAGAUGUUGUCACCUUCGGGGCGAUGGUUACUGCCACAGAGAAAAGCCAGCUUUGGCAACGAGCAACGGAUUUGUUGCAGCUCAGCAUCUCACAAGGCAUGCCCUUGGAUGUGGUGCUGGCCAGCUCCACAAUCAGUGCGUGCGAGAAGGCGUUGAGAUGGCGAUGGGCUUUGGGGCUGGCAGAGACACUACGAUGCGCUCAUGACCUGAUGCCCAACGAGAUUAUGUGCAACGCCUUGAUCAGUGCUUGUGCUUCUGCUGGCCAGUGGCAGCUGGCGUUGUGUUUCUUGGGUGAGAUGCCGGAACUGGAGUUGAAACCAAGCACAGUUUCCUACAAUGCUGCAGCAGAGGCAUGCCAGAGGGCCUUGUCAUGGCUUGGUGCGGUAAGCAUCUUGCAAGACAUGCGAGAGCGGACUGUGCAGACGGAUGUCAUCACGCUGUCUCUAAUUGGAGCACCUUGCGAAUGUUCGGGCCAGUUUGGCACCUUGCCAAGUCUCGUCUCUAGCAUGCUGAACUAUUCCAGGUCUCGGCUCCAGGCACAACAUGCAAUCACCGCCGUCGAAUUCCUGACGGACCAUGCCUGUUUGCAGGAAAGAGUUGCCAAGUCCUUUGAACGCUUCGAGUGGGAGCGUCUUGUCAACAAGCUACGAGAACUCUGUGCACCCACGUUUGCCCCUCUGGCAUCGGAGAGGACGUCGGCCAGACUGUUCGACUACGAAUUAAAUCAAUAUUUCACAUUGGGCGCAUUUUUCAUCGACAGGACACUGGGGUGUUUCUUUGGGGUCCGGAGUCCAGCCUGGAGGAGUCGUGGACAUGUCUACACAAGGCGCUCGACAGCGGAGCGUUUCUUAGAGGCCGGUACGAGAGUGGAAGAAGAAGCCAGCGCUCACAGUCUGGCCGCAUGGAUCAGCUGUGUUACUGGAUCUGCACAGCCGGGUGAUGUUGGUGAUGGUAUCGCAGGAGGUGUGUUCGGCUAUGGCAGCACUCGUGCUGCACAGUCCUGGCUUCUCCCGGUGAAUGUGCAGCAUGAUCGCUCCAGGCAUUCUGAGCGGCUGGCACUACUGUGCAUCCUUCGCCGUGAGCUAACCACGGAAGUAAUUUCGCCACGGAAAAAAGUUGUGAAGGAGGAAAUGGCGAAGUCUAGAGUGCAUUGCUCAGAGAUGGUGCGCAACAUAGGGUAUUUGCAACAUUGCGGCACAGCUUUAGUCUUUCGGUCAGGUUUGGCAAGGACUGACCAGACACAUUAG